AUGAAAAAACCCUCAAACCCAUCUUCCCCAACCCACUUCUCCUCCACUUUCUUCACCUCCCCUCCCUUCUCUCUCCCACUCCUCCCUCUUCACCGCCCCGCCACACGCAUCACCUCCUCCUUUCCCUCCCACUCCACUAAACCCACUCUCCAAUUCCCCUUCAACCCCCAAACCCCUACCCUCACCCACUACACCACCCACAUCCGCCCCCUCACCGCCGUCGAAGCCCUAGAAAAGAUCAAGAAGCUCGGCACCGACAUCUCCAACCUCACCCUUGAGGAAGCUCGCAUCCUCAUCGACUAUCUCCAGGACAAGCUUGACGUCUCCGCUGUUGCCCUCGCUUCAACAGCCACAGUGGCCAUUGCGCCAGGAGCCGGUGAGGCCUUACCGUCAUGGAGGAGAAGACGAAGUUUGAUGUGGAGGAGAAGGUGGAGAAAGGGUGGGUGGGGUAAUUGA